AUGUCAUCUGAAUUACCAAGUUUAUCUUCAGGUUUUCUUCAUAUAGGAAUCACAGUUGGAGGUUCAUUGGCAUCUCUCAAUCCCUUAGUCGGUGCCAUUUCGGAAAUUCUCAAUAAAAUAUCUCAAAUCAAUGAACAAGCCCAAUAUAAUAAAAAAAUUUCGAGAACUAUUCUAGGUCGUUUAUUACCAGUAGAAGCGGCCAUAAAAUUCUUAUUACUUAAAAAGGAAGAUUUUACCGAAAAAUUGGCGGAUUUAAAAUAUCAAGAAGCCUUACAUACUCUUAAAAAUGUGUUAGACAAAAUAAAAGAUUUUACUGAGCAAGUGACUCAGUUAAGGGGACUUGAAAAGAUUAUUCACGCUCAGUCUAUAGAAAAGACUUAUAAAGAAUUGAUGGAAGAGUAUGAAUCUUGUUUGAACGCUUUGAAGUUCACCAUGAUCAUUGGUUUUGAUGAAUUAAAAAGAAUUGAGAAUGAAUCUUUAAAAAACGAUAUUGCAGAAACCAGAAAGUUUUUGGAGAGUUAUGCUAAAGAGCAAACGGAUAAUGUGAAUAUUGUUUACCAAGAAAUUACUCAGCUUAAAAAGAAAAUCGAUUCGGCUGACCAAAUAGAUAUACGAGUAAUUGAACCACCUUUAUUAAAAGAACUGCCAUGCGGUAAUGAACGUCGUGGAAAAGUCUUUAAAAUGAUUUAUAAAGAUGCCAUCGAUGUGGCUUGUAAACCAAUUAAACAAAUAAAUGAAGAAGUAAAGGAAUUAUAUAGUAAAUUGGCAAUCCAAAGAAAACUAAUUGAUUGUCCAAAUGUUUUGAAAUUUUAUGGUCUUAACUUAGAUUCGAUCAAUUGGUUAGCACCUGAAAAAAUGAAAUAUAAUCCAAAUUCUGAUGAUACUAAACAUGAUGACCCUCCAUAUACACCUUAA